AUAGCUUGGAAACAAAACGAACUGAAAGAUUUCAGAAAAUGGCUUCUGCUUGGAGCUUGAAAUAUUGGCUUUUAUGGACCUGUGGGCAGGAGUUUAAUCUGGGAAACUCGUUCUCCCAAAGAAGAUUAAUAGAUGCUGUGAAUCUUGCUUUUCUUUUAAUUUCAGCUCUGGGUUUUCUGAUAUCAUAUUUCAGAAGAGAAGGUCCUCAUGAAAGGAGAAAUAGGAGCUGGGAAUUAUUCACUACUUCACUUCUUUGUUCAGUGCUUAGCAUUUCUUGCUUCAGUCUCAGUCUUUGGAUUCUAUUUGAUGGAAGCAGUACUCUCACUCAGUUUAAUUGGUUAGUUUAUUUUGUUAGAGGGAUAAUUUGGGUUUCUUUGGCUUUUUCUCUAAACUUUCAUCAUUCUAAAUGGCUAAGAACCAUACAUUUAAGUUGGUGGAUCACAUUUUCAGUUCUGCUAUCUUCUUUUAAUCUGGAAAUGCUUAUCAGAGGAUCAGGAUUUCAAAUCCUUGACUUGAUUUCAUGGCCUGUGAAUUUGCUGCUUAUUUUCUGCGCUUUCAAACUACUAAUGAGAACCAGUUUUAGUGAUAGUUUAUCCAGCCCACUACUGCUCCAUCAAAAUGAAAGAACAAAUUUGAACAAAGCUAGCUUAUUUAGCAGAUUGACAUUUUCAUGGCUUAAUCCAUUGCUUCGCUUAGGUUCUUCUAAGCCACUGGCUCUAGAAGACAUUCCCGCUUUAGAUUCUGAUGAUGAGGCAUUCUUAGCUUACCAAACUUUCUAUAGAGCAUGGGAACUUGAGAGGAAAAAUAGUUCCAUAAUGAGAAAUUUGGUUCGCAACUCAUUAGCCAAGUGCUAUAAAAAGGAAAUGUUAUUAGUUGGGCUCUAUGCUUUACUAAAAGCAGUAUCUGCUGCAGCUUCACCUUUAAUACUCCAUGCCUUCAUUUCGUUUUCAAACCAAGAGGAGAAAGAUCUUAACUUUGGCAUCUUUCUGAUUGUCUGUCUUGCCUUUUUAAGGUUUGUUGAUUCAAUCUCUCAAAGGCAUUGGUUUUUUGAUUCAAGAAGGUUUGGAAUGAGAAUGCGUUCCGCCGUCAUGGCUGCCAUUUUUCAGAAGCAGCUAAAACUUUCAAGCCAGGGAAGGAGAAGGCAUUCAACUGGAGAGAUUGUGAACUAUAUUGCAGUUGAUGCAUAUAGGCUUGGGGAGUUUCCGUGGUGGUUUCAUAUGGCUUGGAGCUGUCCUUUUCAAAUAUUACUCUCAAUUAUUGUACUUAUCAUAACUGUAGGAGCUGGAGGAGCACUCCCAGGAGUGAUCCCCUUAAUCAUUUUCGGCUUCCUUAAUGUCCCAAUUGCAAAGAUUAUGCAGUACUAUCAAGCACAGUUCAUGCUUGCUCAGGAUGAAAGGCUGAGAGCUACAUCAGAAAUACUGAACAACAUGAAGAUAAUCAAGUUGCAAUCAUGGGAGGAAAGGUUCAGACGAAUGGUUGAAUCUCUAAGAGAUGUGGAGUUCAAAUGGUUAAAAAACAUUCAAAUCACAAAAUCAUACGGAAGCGCACUGUAUUGGAUGGCGCCAACUGUUGUUUCUGCUGUAGUUUUUGCCGGAACCGCAGCUCUAAAGAGUGCUUCUCUCAACGCUAGCACAAUUUUUACAGUUCUGGCGACUUUAAGAGUUAUGUCAGAGCCAGUCAGAAUGUUACCAGAAGCUCUUUCAGUUCUCAUUCAAGUAAAGGUUUCCUUAGAUCGAAUUGAUGUUUUCUUAUUAGAAGAUGAGAUCAGAGAAGAGAGUGAGCGCAGGAGUACGUUAAGUAAUUUUAACCACACAAUUUUAAUGCAUAAUUGUUGCUUCAGUUGGGAUUCAGAUGCAGCUAUUCCAGCUUUAAAGAACAUUAAUUUGAAUAUUAGAAAAGGACAGAAGAUUGCUGUCUGUGGCCAUGUUGGUGCAGGAAAAUCAUCACUUAUAUAUGCAAUACUUGGGGAGAUACCUAAACUCUCAGGAUCUGUGACUGUAUUUGGUACAGUUGCUUAUGUUUCACAAACAUCAUGGAUUCAAAGCGGAACGAUUCGGGACAACAUACUAUUUGGGAAGCCCAUGAAUAAGGAACGCUAUAACAAUGCUAUCCGAUGUUGUGCACUUGAUAAGGAUAUUGAGAAUUUUGUUCAUGGAGACCUUACAGAGAUUGGCCAGAGAGGUAUCAACAUGAGCGGGGGACAGAGGCAAAGGAUUCAGUUAGCAAGAGCAGUUUACAGUGAUGCAGAUAAUUACCUUCUUGAUGAUCCAUUCAGUGCUUUAGAUGCACACACUUCAGCUAUUCUGUUUCAUGAUUAUGUGAUGACUGCUUUGGAAAAUAAGACGGUCAUUCUUGUGACUCAUCAAGUUGAGUUUCUAGCUAAGGCUGAUGGAAUUCUGGUAAUAGAAAAUGGAGAAAUUACACAAACAGGAACCUAUGAGGAACUUCUAACUUCAGGAACAGCAUUUGAGAAGCUUGUUAAAGCUCAUCAAUCUUCGAUGAUCACAUUAGAUUCUUCAGUCCAAGAGAAUGGAAGUAAUAGACACGGAAGAGAGGAAGAUCACCUCAUAGUUACAGGGUUGCACUACAUAAAAGAAAACAGUAAAAAUGAGAUCUCAAGCGAAGGUAUUUCAGCUGUCCAACAAACAGAAGAAGAAGAAAAGGAGAUGGGCAGUGUUGGAUUGAAGCCUUACAAAGAUUAUUUUCGGGUGUCCAAAGGUUUUCUACUUCUCACUUUGGUUCUCUCCGCUCAAUUCUUCUUUGUUGGUUUGCAGACUUUAUCAACCUAUUGGAUGGCAUUUGCCAUUCAAAAGAAUCGAGUUAGCAACAGCCUUUUAGUAGGAAUCUAUGCAGUAAUUUCAAUCCUUAGCUGCUUUGUAGCAUAUGCUAGAACUUUGCUGGCAGCAGAACUUGGACUAAAAGCUUCAAGAUGUUUCUUUACUGCACUCAUGGAUUCAGUAUUCAAGGGUCCAAUGUCUUUCUUCGACUCAACACCGGUGGGAAGGAUUUUGACCAGGGCAUCUUCAGAUUUAUUUACACUGGAUUUUGAUGUUCCAUACUCCCUUGCCUUCUUCAUAGCUGGUUCUAUUGAAGUUUUAUCAACAAUAUUAAUCAUGGCUACUGUAACAUGGCAAGUCUUAGUGGUGGCAUUUCCAGUUCUCAUAAUAGUAGCAUAUCUUCAGAAAUACUAUCUAUCAUCGGCGAGAGAGCUAGUGAGGAUCAAUGGAACAACAAAGGCUCCAGUUAUGAAUUAUGCAACUGAAUCCUACCUUGGUGUUGUGACAAUAAGGGCAUUUGGGAUGAUUGAGAGGUUCUUCGGGACAAGCUUAAAGUUGGUCAAUACUGAUGCAACACUAUUUUUUCAUACCAUUGCUGCCAUGGAAUGGGUACUGAUAAGAGUGGAUCUGCUGCAAAACUUAACCAUAAUGACUUCAACUAUUUUCCUUGUUUUGGUUCCUCAGGGAUCCAUUUCUCCAGGAUUUUCAGGACUUUGUCUUUCCUAUGCUCUUAGCCUGUCUUCAACUCAAGUGUUUGCUACUCGUUUCUAUUCCUACAUGGAAAACUACAUCAUAUCAGUAGAGAGAAUCAAGCAGUUCAUGCAUAUCCCACCAGAACCACCAGCAGUGAUUGAAGAAAGCAGACCACCACCUUCAUGGCCCCUCGAAGGAAGAAUCGACAUACAAAAUCUCAAGAUUAGAUAUAAGCCAUCAGCUCCAUUUGUUCUCAAAGGAAUCACAUGUACAUUUUCAGCUGGAAAUAAGAUUGGAGUCGUCGGACGAACCGGAAGUGGCAAAACAACUCUUAUAAGUGCUUUAUUUCGUCUGAUAGAUCCUGCAGAAGGGAGGAUUCUGAUUGACAGCAUUGACAUUUGCUCUAUAGGACUCAAGGAUUUGAGAAUGAAACUUAGUAUAAUUCCUCAAGAACCAACUCUUUUCAGGGGGAGCAUUCGAAGUAAUCUGGAUCCUCUUGGAGUUUAUACUGAUCAUGAGAUUUGGGAGGCCUUGGAACGCUGUCAGUUGAAGUCGGUCAUUAGAAGCCUUCCUGCUCAGCUUGAUUCCUCUGUGAGCGACGACGGCGAGAAUUGGAGCACGGGGCAGCGCCAACUCUUCUGCUUAGGCAGAGUCCUACUCCGCAAGAACAAAGUUCUUGUUCUCGACGAAGCUACGGCAUCCAUUGAUUCUGCAACGGAUGCUAUUCUUCAGAGAAUUAUAAGGCAGCAGUUCUCAAACUGCACUGUGAUUACUGUAGCACACAGGGUUCCAACAGUAACGGACAGCGACAUGGUUAUGGUGCUUUCUUAUGGAAAGCUUCUUGAAUUUGAUAAGCCAUCUAAGCUGAUGGAUUCUUCUCAAUCCGCCUUUGCUAGGCUUGUUGCAGAGUACUGGGCAAAUUAUAGGAAGGGCUCUCCUCAAUCUCUUUUAAAUAACACAGGAAACCCAAUGUGAUGAAUGUCAUUUUUAUGCAAUCGAGUUUUACUUUAUUGUCUAGGGUAUGGAGUAUUUGAAAAUCUUAGCCAUUCAUUUAUGUGGGAAGCCAAUGGGCGUCUUGUUAUAUUUUUCCUUAUGGUUUUUGGACUCUAGUGCUGUCAAAUUUAUGUUCUAUUUAUUGAA